UCUUCCAAUAUGGCGGCCGCCGGUGUGGCUCUUCCGGGUCUGCUAGGCGGUAGCGGAAAUGAGGGCUUGAAUGCAGCGUGAGCGCACCUGGAGGAGAGGCUGAGUGAAGUGGGCGAUCCAGGCACGUCGGUGGGAGUUGCGUGGCUGAGCCGGAUUGAAAAGUCGAGAAGGAAGAGCCGCAUCUCGUGUUCCUGCUGAGCCAAUUGGGAGUUGAAUAGAGGGAUUCCUCGGUCCUAGAGAAGGUUUGGUGAAAGCUGUGAUUCAGGUGCUUUGGGAGGAGAUCCUGGGAAAUGCACAUGAUGAUUUGAAGCACCAUGCUGGCCGCUGCCUAUGUCGCUUUUGCUUUCCUUCUGGUGAUAUGCAUUGGCCUCGAAUUCUCCGCCUGCCGUUCCAAGCUCACUGGCAGGUCUUGCUCCAACCCAGCUUUCUUGCGGUUCCAGGUGGACUAUUAUCAGGUCUACUUCUUGGCUCUUGCGGCUGAUUGGUUGCAAGGACCUUACCUGUAUAAACUGUACCAACACUACCACUUUCUGGAGGCUCAGAUCACCAUCAUCUAUGUCUGUGGCUUUGCCUCAACAGUCCUGUUUGGGCUGGUCUCCUCUUCCCUGGUUGACCGCUUGGGCCGUAAGAAAUCCUGCAUCCUCUUCUCCUUGACAUACUCUGUCUGUUGCCUCACAAAACUCUCUUGGGAUUAUUUUGUGCUGAUCAUUGGGAGGAUAUUGGGUGGGCUGUCCACCGCCUUGUUGUUCUCCGCCUUCGAAGCCUGGUAUGUGCAUGAACAUGUGGAGCGCUAUGACUUCCCAGUGGAGUGGAUUUCUGCCACUUUCUCUAAGGCAGCAUUCUGGAACAGCGUUAUUGCCAUUGGAGCAGGGGUGGUGGCCAAUGUCUUUGCCGAAUGGCUGGGCUUGGGCCCAGUGGCUCCUUUUAUGGUGUCCAUUCCCUUCCUUGUGAUGGCUGGUGUCUUGGCUAUGAAGAACUGGGAUGAGAAUUACGGCAAGAAGCGAGCACUUUCCAAGACUUGUACCGACGGCUUGAAGUGUCUCCUCUCUGACCGCCGGGUCCUGCUGUUGGGCACCAUCCAAGCCUUGUUUGAAAGUGUCAUCUACAUCUUCAUUUUCCUCUGGACGCCUGUCUUGGAUCCCUACAACCCACCCCUGGGCAUCAUCUUCUCCAGUUUUAUGGCAGCCAGCAUGGUGGGCUCAUCACUCUACCGUAUUGCCACCUCCAAGAAAUACCACCUGCAGCCUAUGCACAUACUUUCUCUCUCAGUCCUGAUGGUUUUCUUUUCUCUUUUCAUGCUGACUUUCUCGACCAACCCUGGUCAGGAGAGCCCUUUGGAAUCCUUCUUGGCCUUUCUCCUCAUCGAACUCUCCUGCGGACUCUACUUCCCUUCCAUGGGAUUUCUCCGGCAGAAGGUAAUCCCUGAGAAGGACCAGGCUGGCGUAAUGCAUUGGUUCCGCGUCCCUCUCAACUUGCUGGCCUGCCUUGGCCUGCUUAUCCUCCAUGACAGUGACUACAAGACGGGCACCAGGAACAUGUUCACCAUCUGCUCUGUCAUGAUGGUGAUGGCCCUCCUGGCAGUUGUAAGCCUAUUCACCGUGGUCCGUAACAAUGCAGAACUCAGGAUGCCCAGCCCAGCAGGUCACAGUGAGGCCUCUUCUCCUGAACUCUGACCUUGAGUCCUGAAAUAUUGUACUGGGUGAACAGACUUUGAUGCUCAGAUGUAGUUCGGUUGUCUUUCAUCUGUUGACGUGCCAGCAGAGGAUUUUGGAGAGGACUCCACAGAGAGCAUCCUGAGCCUCUGCUCAAUACUGUGUAUCUUCCAUAUGGGAGGAAUCCUUUUUAAAAAAAACACACAUUUUUUUUGCUCUUUCCUACAAAGGUAGUCCCAGCAGACUGUGGUCAAAUCCCUGGCAAACAUUGCUUUCUUCUGUACUUUGAAGUUCUUGAUUCCAAGAGCUUUUUGACUUCUGCUAGCAAAGCCCUGGGGCCGUCUCCUACCACUAUCUCCUGUAGUGGUCAAGAGAGGAUUGGUGGUGGCAAAUUAGGAUGCAGCCUCUUUUUAAAAAAUUAAAAAUGAGCAGUGGGGGUGAUAGGUAUCAAUAUUUAUCAGUAUUGGACUGGGUCACUAUAUCAGCUGGAUUCCAUAUUGUUUAUCCUGUGCUUUUUUAAAUAAUAAAAAUAAAAUAUAUAAACCUUU